GUGCGCUCGUAUACCGCUCCCGAGGUAGGCCUACUCUCUCGCCGGCCGCGCUUGACUUCACAGGAAUGAGCCAUCACCGUAUAUCGGGUUAUCGCCCUACAAAAUGCGCUCUGCCGACUCAGCGAUGUAUGUCGAUGUUACGGGCCGAACCUUGUCGCGAUAGUCAGCCACCAGAGUGCUCCCGUCCGCUGUGCAUUCGUGCGUGUUUCCCUCCGCGUUCCCUCGCGCUGUAGAUCUACGGUACGUGCGUCCGUCCAUCUUGUCAGACGAUAUACCUGCGGUGCACACACACACAUACACAGAAACCUGCGAGAAUGUGUUGUCCGUCGUCGUCCAUCCCUUAUCUUCUGUCUCUCGCUUCCAUUUUCCUCAUCUGCGGCGUCGGCGUACUGACUGUCGGUUUCGCCACCGACAACUGGGUGCGGCACAGCGUCGACAGGGAACACCUAAAGACUGCCAUCGCCAAUAGCGAGGAGCAACUGGGAAACUUCCACCGACAUGAAGAGUACUUCACAAGAACGCGCGGCCUCUGGAACAUAUGCUUCAUGACGGCCGAGCAGGCCGACCUGCCGACGCAACCCUAUGGAGGAGGUAAUAUCACUCUAACGCCAGUAGACAAACCAUGUCGUCGGUUAAGCUUUGCGCUGGACCCCAAGAUGACCAACGAUGAGACAACUAGAAUACAUUUGAUGCGCUUGUCUGUCGGCUUGUUUGCUGGAGGUUUCUUCUUGUUUCUCAUCUGCUUCAUCACGGGCCUGGUGGCCUGCUGGCGUCGGGGAGCGGCGCAUACCCUCGUCACAGGAUUGCUGGUCUUCUUUGCCGCCCUGUUCUGUGCAGCUGGCGUGGCCGUCUUUCACGGGUACGAACAUAUGGAGUUGUUUGAGCUAAAGACCCCAAACUCCGGAUUCAAGACAACAUGGAGUCCG